UGCGCGAGGUGGGGGGGCCCAGGCCGCGCGCGCAGCCUCGGCAGCGCCUCUGAGGAGCCGCCGCGAGCCCGGGGAGAGAACCGGGAAGGGCCGGGAAGAACCGGGGCCCACCGAGCCGAGCAGAGCCGGGCGAACCGCGGGGUUAUGAGGGCGGGCGCCGCCGCCUCCCCGUGAGGAGCCGCGGGCGCGGGGAGCGCGCGAGGCCGCCCCGCCACAGGAAGCCAUUUUGUGGGCCCCCUCCUCCUCCUCGUUCUCGUCCUCUUCCUCCUCCUCCUCCUCGUCCUCCGCCGUCGCCGCCGCCCUCGGGAGCGGCCGGGCCCGGUGAAGGAGGCGGCGAGGAGGGGCGGCGGCGGCCGCCGCGCCCUCCCCCAUGGCGAAGAAAACCUACGACCUGCUCUUCAAGCUGCUGCUCAUCGGGGACUCGGGGGUCGGCAAGACCUGCGUCCUCUUCCGCUUCUCCGACGAUGCCUUCAACACCACCUUCAUCUCCACCAUUGGGAUAGACUUCAAGAUUAAAACUGUUGAAUUACAAGGAAAGAAGAUCAAGCUACAGAUCUGGGACACGGCGGGGCAGGAGCGGUUCCACACCAUCACCACCUCCUACUACCGAGGGGCCAUGGGCAUCAUGCUGGUGUACGACAUCACCAACGCCAAGAGCUUCGAGAACAUCAGCAAGUGGCUCAGGAACAUCGACGAGCACGCCAAUGAGGAUGUGGAGAGGAUGCUGUUAGGAAACAAGUGUGACAUGGAAGAUAAAAGAGUUGUCCCUAAAGCAAAAGGUGAACAGAUUGCCAGGGAGCACGGUAUUAGGUUUUUCGAAACUAGUGCAAAAGCAAAUAUAAACAUUGAGAAGGCAUUCCUCACAUUAGCAGAAGACAUUCUUCGAAAGACCCCUGUAAAAGAGCCCAACAGUGAAAAUGUAGAUAUCAGCAGUGGCGGUGGGGUGACGGGCUGGAAGAGCAAGUGCUGCUGAACCUUCUCCUCUCUCACCAAUCGCCAUCCACCGCCCCUUUUUUCUCGCUGCAAAACAAACCACUCUGCCCGUUUUUUAACCUGAAACCAAUGUUUUUGUUCCUCAUCUUAACGAGCUCCUGCCUCCCCUUGGUUUUCCGGCUAGGACAGCUUUGCCUACUCCAGUUUUCUCAACACAUGUAUAGGAAAUUCAUCUCCGUGACUUCAUUUCCAUGUCCCUGCUCAACUCACCACUACGUUUGGGUUGUAUUAUAGUCCCGUCCCUCCUGCCAUUAAACCCCAGAGCAAUCAUACUCAAGUCUCUUCUGCAAAUUGUAUAAGAAUAAAGGUUAGAAUUAACAAUUGAUUUUGUACAACAGUGGAAUUUUCUGUCAUGGAUCAUGUGCUUGAGUCACCAUAUUCUCUAGAUGCAUCAGCAAGAGCCAGGAAAAACUCAUUUUCGCCUUGAGUCCGUGAGUGGGGUUUCUUUGUCCUGUGCCUUAUGUGGAAAAAGGAACUUUUAUUUUCACUUUCUUUUCUCUUUUCUGGUGGAAGCAUGUGCAGGAGACAUCCCAUCCCCCCGUGCCAUUGAGUCCUGACCUCUGUAGUGGUUGCUUUCUGUAACGUUGGUGUCAUGCAUCGAGGACAAAGGGUGGUGCAAACAAAAGCAAACUCCAUGUAACCUGCUGUGUCUCCUCUUGGCGACCCCGCCGUUCCCAACUCUUCCUGCUGCCAUUUUUUUUCUCACUUUGCCGCUCUUUCCUUUUUUUUUAAUUUUUUGCCUGCAUGCUGCUUUGAUUUGCAUUUCUCCAUGGUGUGAUGUGUUAAUGGAAAGGAUGGCAACGCGGUGUGUUUGCCAAAAAUUUAAUACAAAGCACUGAUUUAGCUUCCGAGGUAAAAAUGUUGAGAUUCCUACUAACCCCCCUAGCCCUGUCCGUCACUAGCGAUUCCCUCCUCCCGCAUAGCCCCGGCCUGUCCCUAUGGAAGAGUUAUUUGCAUGCACUAGUUUCUAUGGAGGGUGAUGUGGUUGUCUACUUUCUGUGUAUGAAUAUAACCUGGAUUCCCAAACUGACAGCAGUUCAUUAACGCGAGCUCCCAGCUUCUGUCCCCGCCGGCCGCUCCGAGGGCUGCGGGGCCGGGCGAAGGCCGAGCGGAACUGGAUGGAAAGGGAAGGAAAGGAAACAAACCAGCCAGUGGGCAGUUUAAUUUAUUACCUCCCUGGAAGCUUUCCACUUUCCAGUGUCCGCAGCCGCGCCGGCCGUGCCGGGCCAGCCCCGCCCCGGAUCCCGGAUCCCGGAUCCCGGGACGGAGCGGCCUUUCCAGCUCUCGUGCCCGCUCCUGCCGCUGUCCCCCGGCCGUGCUGGCCCUGUCCUGCUGCGGGACGGGCCCAGGGCCGCCGGGCCCGGUGCCGAGCGCUCGCCCCGGCGGUGAAUCCCGCCCGGCCCCGCUCCCCGAGCCGCGCUCCGCUCCCGGGCCCGGCUGCGCGGGGUUGGCAUCGGCACCGGCCCCGCUCCGCCCGAGCCGCGGCCGCUAACGCUGAGUGAAUUUUAAUGAAAUGACGGUGUUGUAACAUGGAACUCCUCGUCCGGAGCGGCUCCUUCCCGCGUGGGGGGACUCACCGAGGUGUCUCCCUGUCCCUCUGUAUUUGGCAUUUGUCCCUGUGUGUGUUAACCCUUCCCAGGCGAGUGGCUGGUGGGGUCGGGCUCAGCGUUGUACAGAGUCCGGCCACUUUUGGUUAAAUCUGCACUUUCUAACGUGAUCAAAAAGGGAAAAAAAAAAAAGGCAAAAUCUACAUCAAGGGUUUUUUUGUAUAAUCCUUGUUUUAAACGUGAGCUUUUUAUUUGCUUGCAGGGGCUCGGCUCCCUGUGUGUAACCCCUUUGUAGACGCUGUGCUCGUCGCAGGCACAGGUAGAGCCCAGGCCACUCGCUGGUGCCACUCGCUGCCGCCGCCGCCCCCUCGUCCCUCCCCGGUCAAUAAAACUGAGCUGUUUCUAUCGGGUCUAUUUCUGUUCCUGUCCAAGCUCGAGCUGCACCCGCGGGCUCAGGCGGGGCGGGGCCGGGAGGAGGGAGCAGCACGAGUCGGUGCCGAUGCUGAAACAGAUAAAAACCCCCUAAAAAAAAUAAUAAUAACAAUGAUCAUGUCGGAGGAGUUUGCAGUAACUUGAUGUCUGCUGGUAUCUAAACUCCCUGCUAGUUCCAAACUAACUGCUUGUGAAACCUCUUCUUGGAACCCCAGCCCAGCCCUGUGGAGUAGAGAAGGGCAGCGGGAGGUGUCAGCAGCCCCUCCGUGCCCCCGGCCCCGCCCGCGGAGGGAGCUCAGCGCUGCUCUUUUGUCACAAAAAUAAAAGAAACGAUGAAAUUGGUCCUGCUAAACCAAACCUGAGCUUGGCUCUGUCCCACAGCCGUGUCACACGCCAGGGUCGCCGGGCGCUUUGUGCCCUCGGACUCGGACGGUGGAAUAAAACAGCAUCAAGAUCUUGGAUUAAUUCCCAUGCCGACAAUUUUUUACUUAAUCUUUUAAUAUUUUUGCUACUCCACUCUGGCUUUUUAUUUAAAACACAUUCUUUUGUACCACUUACUGUAUCAAAUUGUAUAAAAGAUCACUGUCCCAUUCUUGGUCGUACCAAGAGCAAAUAAAAGCUUUUAUAAACUUGCA